UGGAGGCAGCUGACAGGCGGAGGCAGGCGAGGGAGCUUCAAGGAUGGCGGCCGCCACGGCGCUGAUCCUGCCGGAGAGCCCCAGCAUGAAAAAAGCAGUGUUGCUGCUAAAUGCAAUAGAUAUAGGAAGAUUUCCACGAUUGCUCACCCGAAUUCUUCAAAAACUUCACCUGAAGGCUGAGAACAGUUUCAGUGAAGAAGAAGAAGAAAAACUUCAGGCUGCGUUUUCUCUGGAGAAACAAGAUCUUCACCUGGUUCUUGAAACAAUCUCGUUCAUUUUAGAACAGGCGGUGUAUCACAAUGUGAAGCCAGCGGCUUUGCAGCAGCAGUUAGAGGCCAUUCAUCUCACACAGGACAAAGCAGAGGCAUUCGGCAGUGCUUGGUCUUCUGUGGGUCAAGAGACCAUUGAAAAAUUCAGGCAGAGGAUUCUUGCUCCCCACAAGCUCGAGACCGUCGGAUGGCAGCUUAACCUUCAGAUGGCUCACUCUGCUCAGGCGAAACUGAAGUCUCCUCAGGCUGUAUUACAGCUAGGAGUGAGCAAUGAAGAUUCCAAGAGUGUGGAGAAAGUUCUUGUGGAAUUCAGUCACAAGGAGUUGUUUGAUUUCUAUAACAAGCUGGAGACCAUACAAGCGCAGCUGGAUUCCCUCACGUGAUUGUUCCUGAAGACUGGCUUCUCCAUCACACUCCUGACACCUCAUCAUUCUGCCCCGAAGAUGGGCUGCCAGGUUCUGUUUUGCGAAGGAUUCGGUAGCUUUCCUCUUGUAAACAACAGGGCUUACCGCUUCUUAGAGUAAUACCAGUCAAGGGAAAUCAUUGUCUCGAGAGCUUCUAAUACCCAUUCUCUCCUCCUGUGAGCCAACGGCAAACAAUUGUUAAGAAUGCAUUUGCUUGGAAGGAAACAGUAAAUACCAUAUUGUUAUUACCGUCUUGUUUUUGCUUUAUUGCCUGACCUGCUCAUUUUUUACAUGUUAGACGACACCUUUAUGUAUCAAGGAGGGUCCACAGAGACAAGGGAUACUAUGUACCUUAGAAUACAAAACUCCAGUCAUUACCUCAUUAAAGCAAGAAAGCAAGCAAGUGCAAUCAGAUACUUUGUUUUUCCUUGAAUAUAAUGAUGUUUUGCUUGGGAAAUAACAUAGGAACGAAAUCUGAAAUAGAGCUAGUGGUAGUGAAUCAGUUAAUUCCAGUGUGAGCUUCUAUGUGCACUUUAAUUUUUUUGGUCUGAGUGUAAUGAUCUAAUAAUAGUCCAGGUUUCUGUGUGCUUUUCUUUGUACUGCAAAUUAAUAAUGAUUCACUUCAUAGUAAGGAAGAGAUUCUGAUCAUAAAUAAAAAUAAUUGUCAUGAGUG